UUGGGACAUUCUUGCUGUUCAGAUGUCUAGCUGACGUCUGAUGCUUAAAACAGAGCAUGCUUUCAUCCCUUCAUGCAUUGUCGUAAGCCCCUGAUGAUUACUCUUAAAAGGGUGCCACUGCUCUGCAGGGAAACAGUUGCUGACCAAACGAGACACAGCUUGCUUGCCUGCUUCAGCCUUCUUGAAUGCCUUGUCACUUCAGGUUUAUAUCAGCCUGACCGAGCGGGACCAUGUCUACCUUUGGCUACAGAAGAGAGCUCAGUAAAUAUGAAGAUAUCGAUGAAGAUGAGCUCCUCGCUUCUCUCACUGAAGAGGAGCUGAAAGAGCUGGAGCGGGAGCUGGAGGACAUAGAGCCUGACCGUAACCUUCCAGUGGGACAACGGCAGAAGAGCCUGACAGAGAAAACACCAACUGGGACUUUCAGCAGGGAAGCACUGAUGGCCUAUUGGGAGAGGGAGACCAGGAAACUCUUAGAAAAGGAGAGACUGGGAGCGUGUGACAAGGAUUCAGAGCAAGAAGAUGACAAUUCAGAAGACAUUCAAGAAGAAUGUUUCACAGAAAGCAAUAGUGAAGUGUCUGAGGAAGCAUGUACUGAAGAGGACGAUGAUGAAGAAGAAGAUGAUGAGGAAGAUGAAGAUGACAGUGAUGAUGAGGAAGAGGAAAAGCAAGAUGCUGCUGCUGGUGAAAGCCCUGAGGACGACAGAAGUUCUGACCACAUCAGACGCAAAAAAUGUAAUGGCACAAAGGAUAAUGAAAACUUACUCAAUGGUCAUGAUGGAAAAGACUUUGAUAAUCUGAGCUUAAAAAGCAGUGCUAUCCACCCUUGUGGAAAUCCAACUGUUAUUGAGGAUGCUUUGGAAAAAGUUAGGAGCAAUGACCCUGACACCACAGAGGUCAAUCUAAACAACAUUGAAAACAUCACUUCACAGAUGCUUGUACAAUUUUCUCAAGCCUUGAGGGACAACACAGUAGUUAAGUCAUUCAGCUUGGCUAAUACACAUGCUGAUGACAACGUUGCAAUAGCUAUUGCUGGUAUGUUAAAAGUAAAUCAGCACAUAACUAGUCUGAAUAUCGAGUCAAAUUUUAUCACAGGCAAGGGAGUGCUGGCUAUCAUGAGAGCUUUGCAGAAUAACAAGGUUCUAACAGAACUGCGGUUCCACAAUCAAAGGCACAUCAUGGGCAGCCAGGUAGAAAUGGACAUAGUUAAACUGUUGAAAGAGAACACCACUCUAGUCAAGCUUGGAUACCACUUUGACCUUGCUGGCCCAAGAAUGAGCAUGACAAGUAUCCUAACAAGAAAUAUGGAUAAACAAAGACAAAAGCGUAUGCAGGAGCAGCGUCAACAAGAGCCUGGUUGUGAUGGACCCAUCAAUGCAAAGACCAAAGUCAUGCAGAAAGGGACACCUCGGUCCUCCCCUUAUGUGUCACCUAAGAGCUCACCUUGGUCCUCUCCAAAGCUCUCUAAAAAAGCACCGCCAGUGAAAAGUCAGCCUCCAGCUCCUGCACCCCCACCUCCUCCACCACCCCCACCUCCACCUCCACCUCCUCCUCCUCCCCCAGUUAUUCCAGAGAAAAAGGUACCAACCAGGAAUAUAGCUGAAGUCAUCAAACAGCAAGAAAGGUCAAGAAAAGAUUUGCAGAAUGGACAGAAGAAGAAAAAAGGGAAAAAAAGCAAAAAACAUGAGAACAGCAUAUUGAAAGAAAUUAAAGAUUCUCUAAGAUCAGUCUCAGACAGAAAAUCAGAGGAAGGUUCACGACCCUCCACCCGUCCCUCCACCCCACAAAGGUCUCUCCAUGACAACCUCAUGGAAGCAAUUCGGGCAAGCAGCAUAAAACAAUUAAGGAGGGUUCUUGAAAGGAAUAGUGAGAAUUGUGCCUUACACGCAAGGAGAAAAUCUACAACUAAGAGAUAAAGCCUUGCUCAGAAAUUAAAUUGUGUGCCUGCAUUGCUGAGAUGUUCUUCAGAAGCACCCGGUGAUCUGGAGUGGCCACUUUUAUACAAGAAGCGUGAGAUAUUUUUCUUUUCAGACAUGCAAAAUAUCAACUCACUGACUAUGUUUCCAAGUAGGCACUCUGAAAUGACCUUUCUGAACCAGAAUGUGAUUUUUUGUAGUAUUAUAAUAAUUUUAUUUUAUAUGACAGUUCUCUAGUUCUUGGAAGGACAGGGGACUCAUGUUUAAGAGCUGCUACUCAGAAAAGAACUUCACCAUCCAAAGGGAGACAUCUCAACAUCCUAACUCUCAGAUGGGACUUGGGUUUCCCAGUCCUCAGCCUCAUCCCGAGCUGUCAACACCCAGAGCCAUGAAGGACAAGGAUUAUGGGCUGUCUGCGCUGCAAGCGAGAGGUCCCAUCACAGCUUGCAUAGGCAAAGUGAAGGUACGGACCUGUAUUACGUAAGUGGACUAGGUAAGGGUUAGCUGUGGCAGGGCAGCUCCUAGCAUGGACCAACCUUUCCGCCAGAGUCCAUGCUGCGUCCCAACUCACCAGGGCUGUCCUGCGAAGUCAGUUGCAGAUUUGGGUCUGCAGGGUGAAUGCAGCCUUGCUCUGAAAACAGGAGUUGAAAGAGUGAACUGCAGCUUUCACGCAGCAGUGGAGGGGCUUAUUUUCUUUUCAUGAAGUUGUGAUAAGACAGGGCAGCUGUCAUCAAAUGGCUGGUCACUGGUGCUUUAUCAGACCCAGGUGUAACUGUUCUGUGAAAAAGAAGGAUCAAUACAAAAGGAAAAUGGAUAUCUGGAAAAAAUCUGUCCUUGUCGAAAGCAAGGCAACAAUCUGCCUGCCAGGUGUAUUUAUUUCUAUCUAUAACAUUAGACUUCCUUCAGCUUCAAAUGAAUACCAAUUUUCAACAGCUUUUUUAAUGGCACGGAUGAAUAUUUGUUCUACAGAACUCGAAGGAAAAGAGAUUCUCUUUAAAAAAUUGUCACAGUAAAAAAUUCACUGUGGGUUUCUGGUAAAAGCCAGAACAUGCAUCCCAGAGUCAGGACAGAGGGAUAUUUCUUGGGCUGUACUUCUGCUAUUUGUCUACUCUUGGGUAAAUGGCUUCGUUUCCUGUGCCUCUGCUUUGCCUUGGAGAUAUCAGUACUGAUCUAUCUCACAAUACUGCAAGGCUACAUGCACAUAGACUCAAAUGUUCUCCAAGAUCUUCAGAUACCAAAAGCCACUUGAUUUAUUAUUUUUAUUUGUAUUCUAAUUUUUAUUUUAUUUUUAUUUAAGCUAACAGGAAUGUUUUGACUGGCAGAAUAGCUGGGUGAAUAGCUGGGUGAUGAGUGUCACAUAGUUCUAAGAGGGAAGAGCAGCACAGCCCACGAUCAGGAGAUUUUGUACAUGUGGAUGAAACAAACCAUGAGGAUGUGAAUCCCAAGGCUGACUUGGCCAUGCAACAACACCAUCAAAAUGAAUACAUGCCAUUCUGUCAUUUAGUCACCUAAGAAACAAGUGUACGAGGAUCCGAAAGGAUAGCCAGGCAUGCUUAUGCACCCUGAGAAAAUAAAUUGGGGUUAUUUCUCAGGAGAGGCCUAAGAGACAAUUUCACAAGAUUAACCAAAUAUAACCUAUAUCCAUCAGACUAUUUUUCUUGUCUGGGAGAUAGCUGAAAUUUCAAUUCUAAGGAUAGGAAUCUUGUCCCUCUUGCACCCCUUUAUGCCUGUCUGCUGAAAACAUUAGGUCAGUUCACCAUAAAGGGCUAAAUAUUUCCAGGGCUUUUCCUUCCAGGGCUUUUUCUGACACACAUUUGGAGCCAUAGCUUUAUUUAUUUAUUAGCAUAUUCAUGAGUGUUCUUGAGGGCUGUCAGUGAGCUAUGGUUAAAGCAGUGAAUUUCACAGGCACCUGGAGGAAGUGUUCAUGUGUACACAGAGCGGGGUCACUCCUUUCACUCGGUCUCAGCUUACUGCUCUUUAAAUCAGCGAUACUUUGAGCAUGUUGCUGUGUUUUGCAAACAAGUUGGAAGGCAACAGUGCUCAUGUUUCAUGUGCUCUCGAACACUUCCGCCAAGCUCCAGCUCUUCAUUUUCCUCUUCACCAAGCCUGCCACUAAUUGUAUCAGGUCGGUGUCAAAGGUGCGCUGCAGGCAGGUACAGGCAACCUCUGCCCUUACUGUGUACAGGUGAGACAGGCACCAAACACCAGCCCAGGAGAUGUGUGGCUGCACGGGCAGCACUCAGACAGUGCAAAUAUUCCUAUCUUCCCUCCCAGUUUAUCAUGCGAGUUUGGUUAGAAGAUCAAUAGGAGGCUUUUGGGUGCAUCACUCGCCCCUGCUAUGUGACUUUUUACAUCCCAUGCCUGGCUGACCGUCUGUCUAGCCUGUCGUGAGCGCAACUAUUCAGUCUAAGUGAGAUGAAAUCACUGUAAACAUCCUAGUUCCUGGAUUUUAGGUGCAGGACCUGUCAGAGCAGCUCCAGGACAAGUUUGCAGGCUUCAUGCCUGCCUGUCUGUGUGUUGCUGGGCCCUCUCUUGCACCAAAGUUGCAGUCAGGUACUUUGGGG